AUCCUCUGGUUGUUCUACUCUGCACAGCCGUACUUUAUUGGCGUUUUUUUCUUUUUUUUUCUUGUUAUGUCGGGCCGUGGUAAGCAAGGAGGUAAAGCUCGGGCGAAGGCGAAGUCUCGCUCUUCGCGUGCAGGCCUGCAGUUUCCUGUGGGUCGAGUGCACCGUCUGCUCCGCAAGGGCAACUAUGCUGAGCGUGUCGGGGCUGGCGCCCCGGUGUACCUGGCGGCGGUGCUUGAGUAUUUGACGGCAGAGAUCCUGGAGCUGGCGGGCAAUGCGGCUCGCGACAAUAAGAAGACCCGAAUCAUCCCGCGCCAUUUGCAGCUGGCAAUUCGUAACGACGAGGAACUCAACAAGCUGUUGGGCCGCGUGACCAUCGCUCAGGGCGGUGUCCUACCCAACAUCCAGGCGGUGCUCCUGCCCAAAAAGACCGAGAGCCACCAUAAGGCCAAGGGAAAGUGAGCUAACAUUUGAGUCUCCGGAAACUUUCGAACCCAAAGGCUCUUUUCAGAGCCCCCCCCACUGUUUCUAAGGAAGAGCUAUAUGCACACUUGUAUUUAAAGACAAAAGACGAGGUUUCAAAAGCUUCCCCCUACAGAGAGAUAUAUAGAAGAUCUCAAAUGUCUGCCCAACCCACCAGUGCUCAGAAAUAAAUGGGAUAGAUGGCUUUAAUAGACUGCAUCUGCACCUGCAAUUUUUUUCCUAUUAAAAACUUUGGGUUUGUUUUUUCCAUGCA